AUGCUGAAGCUCGGCGAGAACCUGUACCUCCUGUUUUGGACGGAGACGAUCAUGCCUGUCGAGUCUGUCGUUGUGGUCGACCUGGAGAAGAUGCGGUCUACGGGCCGGUUCUUUUGCUGGGAUCCAAAGCCGCAGCGCGCUGUCCACGUACGGUUCGGUUCUUAUGCAACCAAACUCGCGGACACAAAGCCCGCCGAGGUCCUUGCAAGAACCAGGCUGCCUGGAACGGCCUGA